AUGGGGUCUUCCUUCCAAGCGAAGGCAUGCAUUAUCCCUGUUUCAUUUUCCGAUCAUUUCCCUAUGGAAUUAAAGUUCAGUGAAGGCCUACCCAAGGGGAUGGGCGGCCUCAAAUUCUUAAGUAUGUGGUGGAGAGAUGGGGAGUUUCUUUCCAACCUUGAAUGGUGGUGGAAAGAAAGUAAUAUAUUCAGGGGUACCCCUAGCUUUUGCUUUGUAAAACGAAUGAAGUUUAUGAAGGAAAAAAUCAAAAGGUGGAAUAGAGAUUGUUUCAAAAACAUUUCUAAAGAAAAAAGUCGAAUUGAGGAAGCACUAUUGCAAAUAAACUUGGACACCAUUUUGAGGGGAAUGACCAAUGACAUGUUCCUGAGAGAAAAAGCGCUAAAGGAGGAGCUGGUAGAGGUUUUACUAAGAGAAGAAAUAUUCUUGAGACACAAGUCCAGAGAACUCUGGAUCAAAGAAGGAGAUGCAAAUAAAAAAAAAAUUCAUGCGUCGGUCAAGACAAAGCGUGAUAGAAACAAAAUUGAGACUGUCAUGCAUCAAAAUGGCAAAUUUAAUUCUUCCUUUGAGGCUAUAGAAGAGAUAGCAAUUAAUAAUUUCAAAAUAUUGCUUGGCAAUGACAAUGGAGUGAAAAAUAUUCAAUCGGCUCAGAUGGUGGAUGUUAUACAGCAUGAGAUCUCCGAUGAGGAUAACAAAUAUAUGUUGAGGCCUUUUUCUAAAGAGGAAGUGAGAAAAGCAGUGUUUGACAUGCAUCCAAACAAAGCUCCCGAUCCAGCUGGAAUUACAAUGGAAUGUUUUCAGAAAUGUUGGGGUUUUAUGGGCGAUGAAAUCUUUAAAGUGGUGGAGGAUUUUAGAAAAUAG